UAAAAGGAAUUUUAAACCGAACGUUAAAAAAAGAUUUCUCCUAACUCUCAAUUAUGAGACGGCGAAAUGAAACCCCCAAAGACGAUAACGACGGCGGAGGAGGAACUAACCAUGCGGAAACAGCCGCCACAGCCACCGCCUGUCAAUUCUAUGCUCCAUUGGUGGCGGAGAUGGACGGUGUUGGUGGCGGCUAUCUGGAUUCAAGCAUUCACCGGCACCAACUUCGAUUUCUCUGCCUACUCUUCCGACAUGAAGUCGUCCAUGGGGGUUUCUCAGUCGCGGCUUAACUACAUGGCGGUUGCUUCAGAUUUGGGUAAAGCAUUGGGUUGGUCUUCAGGUUUCGCCAUUGCCUAUUUCCCUGUUCCCGGCGUGCUUUUCGCUGCCGCCGCAAUGGGGCUCGUCGGUUACGGCGUCCAGUGGUUAGCCAUCGCCGAUGUGAUCGAUCUGCCUUACUCUCUGGUUUUGGUGUGCUGCUCCUUAGCCGGGUUAAGCAUCUGCUGGUUCAACACCGUCUGCUUCAUCCUCUGCAUUCGACAUUUCGAAGCAAACCACUCUCUCGCGUUGUCUCUCGUUGUGAGUUUCAACGGAAUCAGUGCUGCGUUGUACACUCUUGGCCAUGAAACCAUUAGUGGGAAAUCAUCGGCAAGCUCUGAUAUUUACCUUCUCCUUAACUCUCUCAUCCCUCUGAUCGUCUCUGUUUUAGCCCUUUGGCCUGUCCUUACUAACCCUAGUUCCUCUGAAUCCGAUACUAGACGAACCCAUGACGAAACCCGAGUCUUUGUAGUUUUCAAUGUCUUAGCCUUAGUCACAUGCUUUUACCUUCUCUUGCCUUCCUCAGGCACCUACUUAGCUUCAUCACCUCGUUGGCAUUUCCUCGGAGCCAUUUUCCUUCUCCUUUUCCCAUUGUGCGUCCCGUUUCUCGACUAUAUUCACCGCGCUCUCGAGUCCUGUUUCCACCAUCACAGCUCUGGCUAUGCAGUGGUUAACAUUGAGGAGCCCAAGAUCCUCAAAAGUCAAAAGGUUAAUGUGGAGGAGGAAUGUAAUACAGUGAGACUCGGAGAUGAACAUUCUCUCGGAAUGCUUGUUCGUAGGCUUGAGUUUUGGUUAUACUAUGUAGCUUAUUUCUGCGGCGGCACGAUCGGUCUUGUUUAUAGCAACAACUUAGGACAGAUCGCUCAGUCUCUAGGACAAAGCAGCUCGAACGCUAAAUCCUUAGUCACACUCUUCUCUGCCUUCUCCUUUCUCGGAAGAUUGCUCUCCUCUGCACCUGACUUCACACGCAAGAAACUAGACUACUUGACAAGAACAGGCUGGUUCACCAUUUCGCUACUGCCAACACCUUUGGCCUUCUUCAUCCUCGCGUAUUCUCCCAAGACCAACCAGACGGCGCUAUUAGAAGUUGCUACAGCACUUAUCGGGUUAAGUUCGGGGUUUGUGUUUGCGGCUGCCGUUUCUAUAACUUCAGACCUCUUUGGUCGCAACAGUGUGGGUGUCAACCAGAACAUCCUUAUCACAAACAUUCCCAUCGGAUCGCUCUUUUACGGCUACAUGGCUGGGUCUGUCUAUGACACAAAUGCCAGCCUCGGCAGGAAAUCUGUUGUCUCUGACUCGGUUGUUUGCGUAGGAAGUAAGUGUUAUUUCGUAACGUUUUUGUUUUGGGGUUGUUUGUCUGUUUUGGGGUUUGUAUGUAGCGUGUUUCUGUUUAUUAGAACCAGAGCGGUUUAUCACCGGUUAGAAUUUUUGAACAGAAUGUAAAGCUGUGUAGAGAGUGUUAUCAGCUGCCUAUAAUGGUAUAGAUUGGUCGGAUCCAAGAAAAGAGUGUAAAAUGCUUGGAAUUUGAAAGACAAAAACAAAAUUAAAGCGAA